AUGCCUCGCAAGCUAACGGUGUUGACCUUCAGUGAUGUUCAUGGCAGAUGCACAGAUGCCGAUGGUCAGGCAGAGGGGAUGCGCAGCCACAUGGAGCUGUUCAAAUCCUCAGCGGCCGCCAAGGCAGUCCAGACCACACGGGCAGACGUCAUCGUCUAUGCAGGUGAUGCAACGACCAUCCCGGAUACAGUGGAUUGCCAGAUUUCGAACUUCGAAGAGCUCGAGCAGUUCGUGGACUGGUUCAAAGAGGUCCAGCCGGAUAUACCGAAAAUUUUCGUUCCGGGCAAUCACGAUGCGUGCCUGGACGACAGUACCGUGUUGGAGAGUAGGUUCAAAACCGAUAGACGGCAGAGGUUGCCUGACCUCAUGGACAAGAGCAACAUCCACUUCAUAGGGCCUGCUGGUUGGCUGAGGAUCCCUUUUGGUGGAGGUUCUGAGUUCAAGGUGCUCGCUUCGGGCUUCUCAGCGGGGCGGCCACCCGGAGCCAAGCACUUUGCGGAGGAGUACGAGCUCGGAGGACACGGCGAGUUUGGUACGGAAGUCUUGGAUAAAGAUGGCCAGAAUCUGACGAUGGCGGGUGUUUUGGGCGCCUUCCAGUACUGCCCGGCUUCAGCGAUCACCAGCUACGUCGACUGCGCUUUGGUCUACAGAAAGGUGACGGAGUCUCUGGAGAAGGCCAGCGCUGCCUUGGGACAUGAAGCUGAUCUGGUGGUCAUCCACGGUCCCCCCGAGAACCUGGGGGUCAAGUUUGGCCCUGGGGGUGGCAAGGGUUUUUUCCGGGACUCCUGGCCGAGGCGCUCAUGA